AUGAACUCUGUGCUAAGAAUUAGGUGUGGUGCGUUAUGUCGUGCGUUUAGUACUUCGAUUGUUAAGAAAUGUGCCGUGCCCCCGGUUCCACCCAAGAAACCGAAGAAGAUAACUUCAGCAAUAACAUGGAAAUCCAUGACUGCAACUGCACUAAUCGGCGGUGGCCUGACUGCGUUCAUGAUUUAUCUUAGACAUGAGAAGCAGGAAGCUAUUGACCGUGAGAGGAAACGGCAAAUAGGAAAGGCUAAGAUUGGUGGUCAAUUUGAAUUGAUUAACACAGAGGGAAAGUUAGUAAAGAACACAGACUUCUUGGGGAAAUGGCUUCUAAUAUAUUUUGGAUUCACUCACUGUCCUGAUGUAUGCCCCGAUGAGCUGGAGAAGUUAGCUGAGGUUGUCAACAUGCAUGAUAGUGACCCCAAGCUGCCUCCUGUGCAACCUCUGUUUAUAUCUGUGGAUCCUCAGAGGGACACACCUGAAGUAGUUGGAAAGUACUGCAAAGAGUUCUCUCCACGUUUCUUGGGUCUGACGGGAACAAAGGACCAAGUGCAACAGGCUUGCAAGUCCUACAGGGUGUACUUCAGUGCGGGCCCCCAGGAUGUUGACAACGAUUACAUUGUGGACCAUACCAUUAUUAUUUACCUGGUAAAUCCUGAUGGUGAGUUUGUCGAUUACUAUGGUCAAAACAGGAAUGCUAAAGAGAUCCACAGCUCAAUGCUUGUGAACAUCAAGAAAUAUGAAGAUUCUAAGAAAACGUCUUGGUUCUAG